AUGUCAGACAACCCUAUGAGCAAGGAUCUGGCGAUGGCGUUGGGCGACGACAGCCAGCCGCAGUUUGCCCACCUUACCCAGCCGCAGCUGGCGGGACAGCCGCAACUGGUAUUCCCCCCGCAACAGGCGCCGCCGGCCCAGCUGGUGUUCCAGUCGCUGGCACCCCACCAGUUGGGGUUUGGCCCCCAACUGGCGUUUCACGAAGCCAAUCUCCAAUCACAACAACAACAACAGCAACACCAGCAACCACCACAACAACCGCAGCUGUCGUUCCCGCCACUUAACCAGCAACCGUCGGCCGACCACCAGCAACAACAGCUCGCCGCCGCCGACGCCGAGAUCGAGAAGCUCAGCCAAACGCAACAGCAAAUGGACCAGGGCAAAGUCGACGCCAUCAACGACGACGAGAAGCGCGACAUCGACUCGCGGCUGAUCUACAUCGGCAACGUCGACUACGCGGUGACCCCGGCGCAGUUGCUGGACGUCUUCUCCGCCGCGGGCCAGGUGCAGCGGGUGACGAUCAUGACGAACAAGGUGACGGGGAUGCCCAAGGGGUUCGCCUACCUCGAGUUCGUCGACACCCUGCUGGUGCCGCGCGCGGUGCUGGAGCUCGACGGGCACAUGUUGAACGACCGCCAGCUUAAGGUGAGCGCCAAGCGCACCAAUAUCCCUGGUCUUAGUGGUGUUGGUCGCGGCGGUCGUGGUGGUCGUGGUGGACGUGGCGGCUUCCGUGGCGGUCGCGGCGCCAUGAGAGGCGGCCGUGGUGGUCGCGGCGGGGCUCCUCGUGGUCGGGGCCGCUUCCAGCCUUACUAA